AUGGACGGCCGCCGCUCCACUAUCCUGCCCAACGGAGCCCGACAAGCGCAUGGAACAUCGGCGGACCCGGUCCAAGUGACCCAUACCUUACAGCAACACCCAAGUCCGGAGACACACCGGAUGCAUGGCGCUGGCAACCUGGCACGAUGCACCACCCACGUGGACGGCACGGUGGAUGAGACCGCUCACUGGGAGGAACCCCUCCACAGCCUGCCAUACCUCCAGGGGAAAGACUGGGACCCAACGGAACCCUGGGCUCACAGUCCUGUUUAUGGGACCAAUGGCGAAUGGGCAUGA